CGGCGCAGUCACGUGGUCUCUCGAAAGAGGAAAGAAAGGAAAUAUGGCCGCCACAGUGUUAGCAGCCUGUGUUUAUCUUCUUCUUUCUACUGUAGGACCCUGAAGCAAAGCUACCAUGGAGAAGAAAAGGCGACUGACUCCAGAGCAAGAUGCCCUGAAACACAUAGUUGCAUGCAAAGAUAAACCUUUUCUGGAGGAAAGGUAUAUAGACUCCUUUAAAGGGAGAGGAGUCUUUACCCACAAAGCCCUUAAACCAUCAAUGUUUGUUGUCGAAUAUCGGGGGAACAUCUUUCCUCACAAACACACAACCCCUAAGAAAUGUGGUGAUGCGCUAAACAGUUUUUUGUUUGAGUUUACAUGGAAAGGAGCACAAUGGUGCAUUGAUGCUUCGACAGAGGAUAAGACCCUUGGAAGACUUGUGAAUGAUGAUCACAUAAGUCCCAACUGUGAAAUGAAGACAAUUGUUUGCAAGGGGAAGCCACACUUGUGCCUGUUUGCAGUGAAAGAAAUCUCUCCAGGCGAGGAGAUAACGUACAACUACGGGGACGCCUCUUACUCGUGGCGCUCAAGGGAGUCCUUUGCUGGAUCAAGUACUUCACAAACACACUUUUAUGCAACUUCAACACCAAAGAAUGAAAGGCUUGAGGACUCUGCGGCAUCGUCCAACUCUGAUAAUUCUGGCUCUGAUGACGAUGAAGAUGAUGACAAACUCUCUGACAGCGGACCAAGUCAUGAAAAUGACAGUUUUGCCAACAGUCAGCUGGACUUUAGGGACAGUUCUCCUUUAACAAAUAUGGAUUCCUCUCAAGAGGUGACGGAGCCGCUGGAAUACGAUGAUGCUUUAAGCCCCCAGCCUGAGGACGAAGCUGCUUUCAACUCUGAUGAACCCGCCUCGGAUGAAGACUACAAACCCAGCAAGUAUACACAAAAGCCAGACGAGCGCUUUUACACCAUUAAAAAUCAUUGUUACGUCUGCGGGAAAAGUGUUUCUAAACUUGCUCGACACCUUUUAACGCACGCUGAUGAAGAGCCUGAUAUCGCUGAAGCUGCUGCGUUGCCGAAAAACUCCAGGGAGCGAAGACGGGUGUUUGACCAUUUACGUAACCUGGGAAAUUACAAACACAAUCAAGAGGUGAUGAAGAAUAAAAGUGGACAGUUGAAACUGAGAAGACGACCUACAACGGUGGCGGUCAAUGCUAAAAGCCACGCGCACUGUCUGUACUGUAAAGGCAUGUUGCAGCGGAAGGAAUUGUGGAGGCAUGUAUCCAGAUGUCACGCUAGGCCAAUGUCAAAGUCUACAACAGGUGGCAAGAAAAGAGUCUUAAGUGAGAUUUCUCUUGCGGAGUCACCAUACUCCCAUAAUCUUCCAUCUGGUGUGUGGAAGAUGCUUUUGGGUAUGAAACAAGAUGAGAUUGCGUUCACAGUUCAAAAUGAUCUCCUCCUAAUGCAGCUGGCACAGUCUCUGUGCGAGAGGUAUGGAAACAAAGCAAAUAAACACGAGUUCAUCAGACAGAAGCUGCGAGAAAUGGGAAGACUUUUGCUUGCGCUGCACGACAAAUCGAUAUUUAGCUUAGAAGAUGCCGUCAAACCCAAAAACUUCUACAAAGUCGUUGAGGCCGUCAAAGACAUCACUGGUUUUAAUGAAAAGAUGCAGAGCUAUAAAAAACCAACUCUCGCUUUGAAAUUAGGACAUUCGCUCAAAAAAAUUGCCGCCAUUGUCCUCGCUGGUGCUGACGGGAAUGAGCAGAUGAUGAAAGACACAAAGACGUUCAUAAAGUUGUGUGCAAAAGAAUGGAGUGAACUUGUCUCCCAGACAGCACUGGCUUCGUUGAGUGGACGAAAAGUGAACAAACCGUCUACGAUACCGUUCACACGCGACAUGCAGACUUUCUACAAGUACUUAGAAAUAACAUCGGCUUCUGCCAUUGAAAGCCUGAGAGUGCAGCGCAGCCCACAGGUGUACAAUGCUCUCUGCAGAGUGACGCUGGCACAAGUGUCGGUCUUAAACAAAUGUGCUCCCGAGGUUUCAAAAAUGACCCUGAAGUCAUUCCAGGAGAGAGGCGACACGACGCAAGUGCUGUCCAAACAUUUCAUCAGAAUAAAUAUCCUGAGCAGGGCCGGCCAAGACGUUGCUGUCUUGUUGACCUCUGAACUCGUCAGUGCAAUGUCACUGCUUGUGAGCAACAGAGAAGCCUGUGGUGUCCACAAGGACAAUCCUUUCUUGUUUGCGAAAGCCUAA